GUUGCUGUCCUUCCCAGUCCGUUCCUCGCUUUCUCCCUCAUUGCACUCAAGGUUCUUGGUCUGAAAAAAAUAAAAAUUCUCGUGCCGAAUAGUCAACCAGCCCAGUUCAGCUCGUCGCCACCUGCUCCCUCCUCCUUUGAUGGCGAAGCCAGGUUACUGAGGAAAUACAGCUCCCUCUAGCAAACCUAGGGCCGUGUAGUGCCCGUCCACCUUUCUAAUGGUGUCUGCCGCCGCGCACAAAAAUGAGAUGGGCAUCACUGCCUACGCCGACGGCCAGAAAGGCCCGCGCAUCUACAUUUUCCCGCCUGACCCCAUCAGUGCCGACCCAACUCCACCACCACACGCACGCCGCGCGGCGGAUGCGCAGCAGCAAGAAGGUUUCGGUCAUCCCUUAAGGGCCGACUUCAAUGAGAUCAGGACCCAAUUCUUGAUCUACAGCAGGGGUGACCGGCAGACACGCGCCAGUGACGACAACGCGCAGACAGCAACAUCGGCGGCGACGGCAGCGACGACUCCCCCGUACCCACCCAUGUCCGCUGCAGCUCCGGGCGUCUUCGGGGCCAGCAACGAGGCACCGGUCUUUGCCAAAAACAACACAGCACAGACCGAGACAUCGGCGGCGACGGCAGAGACAACGCCCCCGUACUCACCCAUGUCCAUGGCAGUUCCGGGCGUCUUCGGGGCCACCGACGAAGCACCCGGAGUGGCGGCCACGGCAGGAGCAACAGUGCCGACAACCCUUAGCGCCAGCACGUCAACAAUGGGCGGUGGCAGAGAAGCGGCGGAACCUUUGUCCCACGGGCAGGACAGGGAAGGCGACCAGCCCGGUGACAGUGUCCAGGGAGAGAGAGGCGAGAGUGAAGAAGAGGAGGAUGAAAGCGGCUGCGAAUGGGAAGAUGAUCCGGAUGGUGAGAGCGAGCACGUCGAGAGGAGGGAAGACAACCGGAAACACGAGGGCAACUGCGACGAUAAAAACGGCUGGAGGGGUGGUGACAACAACGACGAUGAGCUGGAAGCUGCUGUGUUCUACCUCUACGCGAACAACCCGCAGAAUCAAUUCGCCGACGAGAUUGAGAUCCCGUUGGGUGAGAACGAGAAGGAAAUCAUGGACCCAGGGUUGCAAGAGGCCUUGUCGCUCAGCAUUGGAGACAUGUCGUAAACUCUCCCGGGGUAGGUGCA